CUUAAAUGGCCCCGUAGGGCAACAAGGAUGGUUAGUUUUGACCGUGCUUAUUUGUGCCCUAAAAUAUUGAUCCCAAUUGGCAGCUAUUUGGGCUUUUAUAUUUGCCGACCUCCCGUUUUUGAGCCGUGGUCACUAAAUGAAGAGGUUCUGGCCUGGGAAGGCCCAUGCAUUCCUUCAGUUGGAUGGGGAGCUGGGACAGUGUCUCUGGCGAUAGCGCGAAUAGGAGGGAAUGUUGACCAGGGAGCACCGCUGCGGCCGUUCAGAGGAGCAGGAACCGGAGCCCGGGUUGAGUCCGAAAAAAGCCGGAUCCAGACGGUGGCUCCGGAACGGCUGCAACUGGAAGAUGGAGGAGCCGGAGGAACCGGCGGACAGUGGGCAGUCGCUGCCUCCAGUUUACAUCUACAGUCCCGAGUAUGUCAGCAUGUGCGACUCCCUGGCCAAAGUCCCCAAACGGGCCAGUAUGGUACAUUCUUUGAUCGAAGCGUAUGCACUGCAUAAGCAAAUGAGGAUAGUUAAGCCCAAAGUAGCAUCCAUGGAGGAGAUGGCCACCUUCCACACUGACGCGUAUCUGCAGCAUCUCCAGAAGGUCAGCCAAGAAGGAGAUGACGAUCACCCAGACUCCACAGAAUAUGGGCUAGGUUAUGACUGCCCAGCCACAGAAGGGAUAUUUGACUACGCAGCAGCUGUAGGAGGGGCCACGAUCACAGCUGCCCAGUGCCUGAUUGACGGAGUGUGCAAAGUAGCAAUUAACUGGUCCGGAGGGUGGCAUCAUGCAAAGAAAGAUGAAGCAUCUGGUUUUUGUUAUCUCAAUGAUGCUGUCCUGGGAAUAUUACGAUUGCGACGGAAAUUUGACCGUAUUCUCUAUGUGGAUUUGGAUCUGCACCAUGGAGAUGGUGUAGAAGAUGCCUUCAGUUUCACCUCCAAAGUCAUGACAGUGUCCCUGCACAAAUUCUCCCCGGGAUUUUUCCCAGGAACAGGUGACGUGUCUGAUGUUGGCCUAGGGAAGGGACGGUACUACAGUGUAAAUGUGCCCAUUCAGGACGGCAUACAGGAUGAGAAGUAUUACCACAUCUGUGAAAGUGUACUAAAGGAAGUAUACAUAGCCUUUAAUCCCAAAGCAGUGGUCUUACAGCUGGGAGCUGAUACGAUUGCUGGGGAUCCCAUGUGCUCCUUUAACAUGACUCCAGUAGGAAUUGGCAAAUGUCUUAAGUACAUCCUUCAGUGGCAAUUGGCAACACUCGUUUUGGGAGGAGGAGGCUAUAACCUUGCCAACACGGCUCGAUGCUGGACAUACUUGACCGGGGUCAUCCUAGGGAAAACACUAUCCUCUGAGAUCCCAGAUCAUGAGGAGUUAGUGGCACACAGAGAUUGGGGGAAGACCAUCCAAAAUAUGAAACUUCACUUGAACUUUUGCCAUCUACUCUAGUCAUAUGAGAUGGGCUUUACACUUUCUGAAGCAAAGAUGUCUAUUUUAGCUUCCUCAAAACAGGUUAACCGAAAGCUGUCUGAGCCCAGUGAGUGUGCUAAUUAUCCUUUAUCUGAAGGUGUACCCCUUCUCUUUUCCGCCCACCCCCACACCUGGCAGGAAGCAUGUUAUCACAGAUCAAGAUGUGUAGUUGUAGGCCUUAGAGUGUGUGACUUAUAAUAAAACAAUGUGUGAACCAGUACCUGCAGCCCCCCUUUCUCAGGCCAUUCCCAGGAGUAGAGAUGGUACUUUGGGUAUGUUUUGAUUCCUGCCAGAUGCAGGAUCUGUACACUUGGGAACAUUAUUCUUUUUAAAGUUACUAUUAUUUUUAGAAAAUUAGAAACAACUUAAACUAAUUCCCUUCCAAUUUUCUGCUAACCACAAAUGAGGUAUAAUAUGUAUCUCUGAAAAACCACUCAGCGUGUCUAGAAUACAAAUAGAAGGCAUGCUAUAAUUUGAGACAAUUUGCUGGUGUCAGGGUUAAUAGAAGUCUCUUUUCUUGACUUGACUUACCUUUGUUCAGUAUUUGGAAGCUUUAUGAAAUAUAAAGAUAAGCGAACAAAUUACAUUUGUGAACAAAUGUAAUCGCUGUUAUUGCUGUGGGACUAUCUCCAAUUGCAUUGUAAUUUAAAGCAUUGAGACUUUAAAAACUGAUCAAGUUAUGUCAAAAAGGAGUUUUAAACUAUAGGCGCUUGAAUUGAGAAUGAGUGUUCUGUUCCUAGGAAACAAUGCAAAUCCAUAGAUUCAUCUGUCUUAAAAAGUUGAUAAAAUUUUAAUAAAGAUGAAUACUGCCUCUGGUACCUGGAGAAGCUAUGUGCCUGAAUAGAUGUGGGGUUUGGCCUUAUAGACAUGUCCCGUCUUUAUGCUGACAUAUUCUGCCAGAUUAAAUAUUAUACAAUGAAUGCCGAUUGCCUAGCACAGUUCUUGGCACAUACCAGGCGCUUUUGAAAUGCAAGUUUUCUCCUUCCCCUUUGCAUGCUCCCAACAACUCCUUAUACCCAGACAUUUAUGACUUUGUCAUUCAUAAAUGUGUCCAAACCCUUUUUGAAUCCCUUCUGUCAUAUCCUUCUGGUAUAAGACAUGUGAGUCAUCCAAGAAGGAACAAAGAAGAAAAUUGAAAUGACAGUCUUCCAUGUACAAUAAGAUAACAUUUUAAUGAAAAUUGCCAAAAAUAGACUGCACAGUGUGAAGGCAUAUAUAAGUUUUGUGCCGCAAUACACAGUUGCACACAAAUAUCCUUGUGGUUCUCUGUAAUCAGAUCAACAAAUGGUGGAUCAAAAAAUAUUUACUGAGCACCCAUUGUGUGCCAGGCACCAUGCUAGGUGUCUUAGAAGAUGCAAAGACAAUAAGACCUCAUCUCAUCCCUUCCUUCAAGCAGCCUGGGUGGGAGUCUGGUAUAAGUCCUAGGGAGAUAAGUUGAUACACAAAUAAUUAUAUUACAGAGCAUAGUAAGAACUACAAGACAGUAGGAACAAUGACUGUGGAGACGUGCAUCAAAUAUGAAAGGGAUACAAAGGAGUGUACAAAAUACCCUGCCCCAGGAGCUGAAAAUAUAAUUGAGAAAUCUAGUCAGUGAAAAGGUUAAGAUAGUGCAGCAGUCAGCUGCAGUCUGGCUGACCCCCUCACUGUCUUCACUUUCAGUCUUGGACUUGCAUUCUUCUGGGUCCUAGGAUAAUAAUCUUCCUCCUCCAAAUGCUGUUUCCCCAUCUGUCUGUCUCUUGUCUUCCUAGGUGCAGCUUCAAGCCCUGUGCCUUUAAAAAUCCCUUACCUAAGUUUACCAAGGUCCUUUGAGCUCUUCCUUCACAUUCAUUUAUUCCUUCAUUCAUUUAACAAAUAUUCAUUGGGUCCCUACUACUUGCCAGGCCCUAUUCAGACUUGAAUUCAGAGAGACAAAGACUAGCAAGUAAACCCAGUGCCCUCAAAAAUUUCACGAUCUAAUAAAGGCGACAGAACAAUGUGCCCAAAUCCAGGACAGUUGAGGAUAGAAGAAAUGUUUCACCAAGACUUUGAACUGAAUCUUGGAGGUUGAUUGGGAGUUUGCCAGGUGAAGAAGAGCAAAAGACAUUGUAGGCAAAGGGAACAAGGAUUGGAAAGGACCUGGUGCCUGAUGGGACAAGUGAGAAGUUUGAUAUAGUAGUAGAACAUAGAAUUUAUGAGGGAAAGUGGGAAGAAUGAAAGCUUGAGUGAAAAUUGGAGCCAGAUUAUGAAGAGACUUGAACACUGCACUAAAGAGUUUAUUUAUACUUUUUUCUGUGAAAACAGAUGAGCUUUGGUUUUCAGAAAGCUUGCUCAAUAGUACAUGGAAGAUAGAUUGCAAAAGGGAGAGACUUGAGAAAGGCAAACCUGUUAAGAGGUUCAAGUACACUCAUAUAACAUAGUCUGUACCAUUCAUUUAGUCAUCUGUGUUUUGGUUGUCUGUAUUCCCCCUCAGUGCUUAGCACAGUGUUAGCUACCCACCUUGUUGGUGUUCAUUCAUUGAAUGAACAGCUGAAUAAAUGAGUGUUUGAAUAAUAAGCAUCUCAACAUUCACAUUGGAAAACUUCUCUUUUUAAGAUGGAAGAAUUGGAAGCCUUUUGCUGGAAAGGCUUCCAGUAGCAACUACCCAUCCUUUACAAGAAGUACCAGGUAUCCCAGCUGUAGGAAAGAGAUGUGUCCGUGGGAAAACACUAGAUUGCCAGUUAAGGGAAGGGAGUUGAGAAGACAAGCCCAGCACAAAUAUUACAAGUCAUUAGUGGUGAGAUUUCAAUCAUAGUGCUCCUGUGAUAUAAAAUCAGUGAUAUCAUUAAGCCAGUGAUCAAGGAGUUAGUCCCAGUGCAGGAACUGGGGAGCCAGGUUUGCCAGCCAGGUGUGGAAUAAGGAGGCAAUCCCAACUGGAAGAAGAGUUGGGCACAGCUUGAAAAGCUGAGGGGAAGGAAACCUGCCCAUAUGCCUGGCUCAGGUAUCUCUACCAUAGAGAAAGCCCAAAGGUGGCAUGAGGUCCCCAAAAAAGACCAGUACGUGGCUAAUUUAGCAAAUCACCCACUCUGUAUUAUAAAGCUUAUGGACUAUCAUAUAUAAGAGUGUUCUAUAAUCCAGUAAUACUAUUUGGAUCCUAUGACCCAGGAUAGAGUAUGGCAGUUAUGUUAUAGAAUGUAUUCAUAUAUACAUAUAUGUAUAUGUAUAUACAGAUAGAUCAGGUAUAUGUAUAUAUCUGAAUCAGCUAGGUUUAUUACCAAAAUUUAGUGAAUGAAAAAUAUUUACUUAACCAGACACUUUUGAUGGACUGGUUACAUAAACUAUGCCUGACUCAUAUGAGGCAUAUGUAGCCAUUGAAAAGAAUCAAGUAGAUUUAUAUACAAGUGUGUUACUGAUGUAAAACAGUCUUGCAGUGCAUCUGUAGAUUGCACUGAGUCUAUAAAUCGAUUUGGGAAGGAAUAACAUCUUAACGAUAUUUAAUCUUUCAAUCCAUGAAUUUGCUAUAUCUCUUCAUUUUCUUAAGUCUUUAAUUUCAAAUUUUCUUUUAUACUUUUCAGUGAACACGUCUUGCACAAAUUUUGUUAUAUUUAUCCCUAAGUAUUUCAUGAUUUUGAUGUUAUUAUAAAUGAUAUUUUUAAAUUUCAAUUUCUAAUUGUUUGUUGCGAGAAUAUAGAAACCCAACUGAUUUUAUAUUGAUCUUGAAUAAUGUAUCAUUGCUAAACUCUUUAGCUCUAGUAGCUUUUUGUAGACUCGUUAGCAUGUUUCAUGUAUACAAACAUGUCAUCUGUGAAUAAAGAAAGUUUUACUUAUUCCUUUACAAUCUUUAUGCCUUUUAUUUCUUUUUCUUGCCUUAUUACACUGGUUGGGACCUCCAAUGUGAUGUUAAAUAGAAGUGGUUAGAGCAAACAUCCUUGUCUUGUUCCUGAUCAUAGGGGGAAGCACUUAAUCUUUUACUAUGAAGUGUGAUGUUAGCUGUAGGUUUUUUCAUAAAUGUUCUUUAUUAGGUUGAAGAAGAUCCCUUCUAUUCCUAAUUUACUGAGAAGUUUUCUCAUAAACGAGUGUUAAAUUUUGUCAAAUGCUUUUUCCCCAUCUAUUGAAAUGAUCAUAUGGUGUCCUCUUAUUCUGUUAAUACAGUAAAUUGCAUUAAUUGUUGCCUUUUUAAAUGUUAAACAAACCUUGCAUUGCUGAAAUAAACCCUAGUUGGUCAUGGUAUAUUAUCCUUUUUAUAUAUUGCUGGAUUUGGUUUGCUGAAAUUUUCUCACGGAUUUUUUGUGUCAAUGUUGAUGAGGGAUGUUGACCUGUUGUUUUCUUAUAAUGUCUUUGUCUGGUUUUGAUAUCAAGGCAAUGCUGAUCUUAUAAAAUGACUUGGAAAGUGUCCCCACCUCCUCUUUUUUUCUGAAAGAGUUUAUGUAAAAUUGAUACUAUGUCUUACUUAAGUGUUUGAUAGAAUUCACCAGUGAAAACAUUUGAGCCUGGAGUUUUCUUUGUGAGAAGGUUUUUAAUUAUGAAUUCUAUUUCUUUAAUAGUUACAUAACUAUUCAGAUUUUCUAUUUCUUCUGGCUUCCAUGUUGACAAUUUGUCUUUGAGGAAUUUGCCCAUUCGCUUAUAAUAUUCUUUUAUUAUUGUUUUAAUGUCUGUAGAAGCUGUAGUGAUAUCCCCUCUUU